AUGUCGCGACCGGGGGGAUUCUUCGACGUUGCGUCCAGAGUCGUGGGGCGGAGUCCCGUCUUCUCCAGGCUUCUAGUCGUCCUCGCUGUUGGGUGCGGACUUCACUCUCCUCUGUUUCGCUCCUCUGUCCUCGUGCUGAUCUGUCUCCUUGAUCGAUACUCGCGCAUGUUUUUGCAUUCGCUGUUUCGCUGGUUUGCUCGCCGUUUUUGCGAAUUAUGUUCUUUUCUAUGAAGUCGUGGCUCCGUGCUCUGGUGCGAUCUUGGUGACGAUUGUCGCACAUUCACUUGCUGAGAAAACGUGUAUCGUCAGAAUUGUGCUCGCCAGUUGAGGAAACGUGUCUCGUCAGGACUCGAUAAUUUCAAACCUCACUUCUGUUUUCCUCUCUUCUUGACAUGGUGCAUUUGACCGAUUUGUCAUUUUGCAAGUUUUUGAAUCGAAACGUGUUUCUAUGUGAUUCGAGGCCUCCUUUUCUUUUUUUGUGAAAUUUCUUUGGACGUUCAAGCUUACAAGGUCUUUGGUAACGGAUUGCAUGAUAUCUCCUCUCACGAUCUACCAUUAGAAAAAUAUUUCUAGAUUGCGAAAGGAGUAUUAAAUUUCAAAUAAGUUGAUGUUAGUUUUUGGGCAAAUGUGUGGACUUAUAUGUCUCCCUGUUGUCUGGAGAUGUUUCUAAGUAUUCUUUUCCCUUGGAAAGCCGUCUGUCGGGCAGUUUUCCUAAUUUUAUCAGAGUUUUUCUGUAGAUAAAUUAAACUAGAUUAAACCGUGAGAAUUCAUGUGAACGUUCAAGAUCAUUUUUUUGUCUUAUCGUAAAUCAUCCCAGAUGAUGCUAAGUUCUGAAAUCUUACGUUAGAUUUAAACGUUGGCAUCGGACUUUAUUUUAUUCUAUGUUUUCUCCAGAACAAAAAGGAGAAAGUCAGUCACUUAUCUCUCAUUUUACAAAACCAAUGGAUUAUAUUAUUUUAUAAAACCUGUGGAUUAUGGUUUUAUUCGAGAGAGAGUGUUAAGCCACGAGGCUAGUUUUAGUCGCUACUUUUAUAAAAGAUAUGAUUCUGUCAGAAAAUACAGGCUAAAGAUCUAUAUGAUGAAACUAGUCUUACUGCAUACUGCAUAAGUUUUUAACGCUCAUUAUGCCCAUCAUUUUAUUUAUAUCAGAUACUCUAUUUUGCUAUUCUCAUAUAUCUCCAUCUAUAAUUGUAUACACCUUUCCUGUGAAGUAUCUUACAUGUUUGAUUUACGUCAUCUGAUUUUAUUUCGGAAAAUUGCUAUAGUAUAUCUGCCUUCUUUUUUACAUUUUUCACUGGUUCAUACUGUGCCUUUGGACGGCUGGCUUAUUUUCGAUUUUGUUUUAUUCCCACAUUUGCCAUUUUUUUAUCCACCCAAGAGUCUUCCUUUUUGCAGUGGCGGAGGUGUUGUGGUGUAUGCCGACUCCAGGACAGAUCCCAGUGUUACUGGUGAGCAAAAUCAAGCGCCCCCUAAGAAAAAGGUGGUGGUUCUUGGUACUGGAUGGGCUGGCACGAGCUUUCUCAAGAACCUGGAUAGCUCUAUGUAUGAUGUCCAUGUGGUGUCUCCUCGCAACUAUUUUGCCUUCACUCCCUUGUUACCAAGUGUCACAUGUGGAACUGUAGAUGCACGAAGCAUUGUUGAGCCAGUUCGUAAUAUCAUAAGAAAGGUACGGCAAUAUAAUACCUAAAGAGUCUCCAUAAGGGGGUCGUCUUAUUGUCUGAAGUGUUCCGUAGCUCAAUUGUUGCAAUGGUUCCAGUGGUGGCAUAUUGCUGACCGAAGAAAAUUUCUUGAAACUCGUUCUUCCCAAAAUUUCUUGGAAUGAAUGCAUGUUGUGCAAUGUCUACACCAAAGAAAAGGAAGGAAGGAGUUUGUAUGAAAUUAGCGCGUAAAUUCAUUUUUAGUAUUGUAGCACUUGCAUCCGUUGUAUUUCAUCAUUGAUGAACCUGGGCAUUUUUUGGUCAAGCUGAUGAGCCCUUGUAAUUGUUUCUCUUCUUAUGCGAUGAUGAAAUGUUUGGUAUUCACAAAGUAGACUUUUUCUGAGGCUGACGUAUAAUCUCCCUAUAAAUCCUUUUGCCCAUGGACAGAAAGGUGGAGGGAUCAAAUUCUGGGAAGCUGAAUGCUUUAAGAUUGAUCCCACAAACAAGAAAAUUUACUGCCGGGCUAAUGUUGGGACAAAUUUAGAAGGAAAUUCGGAAUUUGUGGUGGAUUAUGAUUAUCUCGUUGUGGCAAUGGGAGCUAAAGCAAACACAUUCAACACUCCUGGUGUGAUAGAGCAUUGCCAUUUUCUGAAGGUAAAAUUGGAAUUAUUCCUCUCUCGCACCUAUGAGCUUGUCAGGUUUUUAAGUUAUCUGUUUCCGAUAGAAGAUAUUCUAGAAAUAAACUGCGUGAGAUUAUUUCUGAAUUAACGUUCAUGGUGUGAUCACCAGUCCUGAUUAUAUUUCAGAGUUUUUUUAUCAAAUUUACACAAUGAUAGCAGGGUUACUUGUUCUUCUGCACAUCCUUGUUAAUUUUUUAUUAUCCCAUCUUUAUUCACUCAUCUUCUAUGUGCAGGAAGUAGAGGAUGCUCAGAGAAUCCGUAGAAGCGUCAUUGACUGUUUUGAAAGAGCCAGCCUUCCAAACCUUACUGAUGAGGAGAGGAAGAAAAAUCUUCACUUCGUUAUUGUUGGUGGAGGCCCCACAGGUGUUGAGUUUGCUGCUGAAUUGCAUGACUUCGUAAAUGAAGAUUUAGUCAAAAUAUAUCCUAGAGUCCAAGAAUUGGCGAAGAUCUCAGUGAUUGAGGCUGGAGAACACAUCUUGACCAUGUAAGGACUCAAUCCAUUCCCCUGGUCUGUUUUUUCUUUCAAUUGCUUUUAAUUUUCUGUAUAAAUGGGGUCGGAUAUCCUUCUACUGAAGGACUUUCUAUUCUCAACUUCUAAUCAACAUAUUUUUUAUGGUCUUUCUCUGUUGUAUUUCUUGAUGCGAGGUGAGUUAUUUUGUUGAAGAUACUAGAUGAUAUCCUGGCUUCCGCCCUUCAUCUUAUUUCAUUGAACGAUAGCUGAUAUUGCAGUUUAAUUGAAAAUGUCUGAGACUUAUCUAACACGGUUCUGUAUCUACUGAGGGGAAGAUGAAGCUUUGCCUUUAGCUUUGUACUUUUAAAAAAAAAAACUUACAUGAGAAUGGAAAGGUACUAAGUUUCCUUGGUCGGUCAUAAAGUUUAUUUUCAUGUGCUACAUAAUGUACUGAUUUUUUUUCUAAGCUUUAAUAUGAGUAUAGGUCAUAAGAACGACUUAUCCCUUACACGAGAAUGCGUUGCUUGAAUUGUAUUCAACUUGUCCAUUUUGUGUUCCGACAAGCCAAAUAUUUUAUAUUGGUUUUUGAAAUGCCAGUACCCUAUCUCAUUGAUGCUUGAAACUGAUAGCAAGACUCCAUCCAAAAUAUCUAAGUUGUCACAAACUUUUAUGGAUGCAGUCCUAAUUACAUUAUUCUGAUACCAACUUUCAUAUUCCCAAUAUAAUACUGUCAGAACUAUUGGGUCAUCCAUCUCAUAACCAAUUUGCAAUAAAUAGCGGGCCAUCUUUAUAAUCACAAUAACUUGAGAAAUGAAAUAUGCCGACGUUUAUAGUCAUCGAUGUGGGACUAUUCACCUGCCAUGGGUCUUUUUUUAAUUUCUCAGAGGGUGUCCUAUCGACUAUACUUUCUGUUUAUGGUGUUAGGUUUGACAAGAGGAUCACUGAGUUCGCCGAAGGAAAGUUCCAAAGAGAUGGGAUCAAUGUGAAGACAGGAUACAAGGUUGUCAAUGUGUCUGACAGAUCUAUCACCAUGGUGGGGAAAGGUGCUGGAGAAGUUGAUGUCCCAUACGGAAUGGCCGUCUGGUCAACUGGCAUCGGGACACGCCCAGUCAUGCUUGACCUCAUGAAACAAAUCGGCCAGGUCUAAUGCUGAACUGUAACAUCUUCGGAAGAUGUUCCCGCCCCACUAAUGUACAGUCUCCUUUUGAGAACUAAUUCUGCGUGUGAUGACUCAUGAACAGGGUGGUCGGCGUGCUCUAGCCACUGACGAGUGGUUGAGAGUGCGAGAAUGUGACGGGAUGUAUGCACUCGGCGAUUGUGCUACAAUAAGCCAAAGGAAAGUCAUGGUAUGUAUUGUUAGAGUGCUCAAACGUAGCGAAUGCUGUGAUGUUUUUGGUAUUGAUGGUUUUAUAUCACAUCUCUAAUUGGUUCGCAUCGUUUUUCUUACUGCCUCCACGGAUAACUUAUGCACACAGACAGAGCUUGAGCCAGAGUGCUAAUUCUUAUUUUUUCGCUACAUUUAUUUUCACAUUUAUUGUAUUGUGGAGAAUAAUUCAAAAGUUUGGGAAAUCAUAUUCGGGCACCCUUUUUAUAUACGUCGACAAGAAAUGAAUCAAAUGGGGGCCUCGUCAUGGUGAAAGCCAUGAGUAGGCUAUUUUAGCGAUUAUUUCCUUCUCAUAAUGUCUUUAAAUCUUUUCAAAACGCAUUCCAGGAAGACAUUUCCGCCAUCUUUAGGGUGGCAGAUGCGGACAACUCGGGGACGCUAACGGUCAAAGAGAUCCAAGAUGUUCUUGGAGACAUCUGUGAGAGGUAUCCCCAGGUGGAGCUCUACUUGAAGAGCAAGCAGAUGAAGAGUCUGGUAGACCUGCUGGACGACUCAAUGGGGAAAGCUGGGGGGGAGGACAUGGAGCUGAACAUCGAACAGUUUAAGAAGGCCCUUGAACACGUGGACUUCCAGGUGAAGAACCUCCCCGCAACGGCUCAGGUAAAUGCCCUGAUCAAGCGCCAGAUUACAUUUUUAGCAGUUAGAUUCUGUUAAUUUCUUUUUACAAGUGAUGAUUAGAAUAGUUUUAAGCAUAUAUUUUCGAUAUCAGCAUUCGUUUUUUGCAGAUAAAGUUAUAUUAGCUCAUACGGAUAACGAUCACAAGAAAGUUAUAAUCUCUCCUUACAUCAGCAUUAAUCCUAUCAAUUCAUGCAGAUAAUAAUUACCAUCUUUUUUCGUAUUUUCGAUAUCAACAUCCAUUUUUUGGCGAUUAAAUUACAUAUAUUUAUACAAAUACUGCUCACAGAAUGAUAAAGUUUCAUGGUUUUUGAUGUCAUCAUUCAUUAAAUUAUAUAAAAAUCAUAAACGAGAAUUUGAUUAAAAUAGUUAUUUUAUAUUUGGAUGGAUUCCUAAAAAUACUGAUCAUGAGAUCUGUCAUUUUUCACUUUUGGUAUCCAUUUUGGGAAGGAAAUUAUAUUAAAUCACGAAAAUAUUGAUUAAAAUAUAUGGUAUCAUUUUUGGAUAGGUUGCUGCUCAGCAAGGGGCUUAUCUGGCGAGGUGCUUCAAUCUGAUGCAAGAUGUGGAAGGGAACCCUGAAGGUCCUCUCCGGAUCAGGGAAUCAGGCCGGCACCGGUUUCGCCCUUUUAGGUUCUCAAUCCUGCCGUCUCAUCCCUUCCAGUAAAGAAAUAUUGAUCCUAUCCUAUGAUAAUUUGUUUGCUAUAAGAGGGGAGAGAGAGAGAGAGAGAGAGAGAGAGAGAGAGAUCAGUUUCCCCACCUAAAAUGGUACACCCUUUUAUUUUUAUUUGCCAUCUAUUGAAGAUGAGAUUUCCGCCUCUACUUCCUACUGACUCUCUCAAGACGUGUAAACCUUCUUCAGGUACAGGCAUCUGGGGCAGUUUGCUCCUUUGGGAGGGGAGCAGACCGCUGCGCAGCUGCCUGGGGACUGGAUUUCUAUAGGCUACGGCUCACAGUGGCUUUGGUACUCCAUCUAUGCCAGGCAAGUCUCUCUCCCUCUCUCUCUCUCUCUCUCUCUCUCUCUCUCUCUCUCUCUCUCUCUCUCUCUCUCUCUCUCUCUCUCUCUCUCUCUCUCUCUCUCUCCCUCCCUCCCUCACCGAGCCCCUCCUUCCGGUUUCUCUGUCCCUCUCUUCUCCUCUUUCGUCUUUCUUCCACGCGCAUUCAAAUAGAGAGAGAAACAAGAGAACAGAAACGAAAAGAAAAUGCACCCUUCUGCACUGAACAUCUCUCUCUCUCUCUCUCUCUCUCUCUCUCUCUCUCUAUCGAUCUCUCUUGUCCCCUUCACGUCUUUGACUCUCCUCACAGCAAACAAGUCAGCUGGCGGACGCGCGUGGCGGUGGUGUCCAACUGGGCCCGGCGCUUCAUCUUCGGCAGGGACUCCAGCUGCAUCUGA